AUGACUGAAUGCAGGCGUUUAGAAUUUCAAUUAGCUGAGCUCAAAGAAUUUGAUCAUCCGUUAAAUAAAGAACUUGCCAUGGCUGGGAAGGAUUGGAUGCAGAGUUUUUUGCGUCGACAUCCAGAACUUUCAAUCAGAACACCAGAAGCAACAUCUGGAGCUCGAGCAAUGGGGUUUAAUAAAGUGGCUGUAGCUAAUUUUUUUAACUUACUUAUCGAAACUGUAGAUAAAUAUCAACUGACAGCCGAUAAAAUCUAUAAUAUGGACGAAAUCGGAGUGUCAGUUAAUCCAAAGGGUAUGUCUAAAAUUAUUGCCACUAAAGGGAAAAGACAAGUCGGAGCCUUGACGUCAGGGGCGAGGGGUGAGACCAUCACUCUUGAAAUAUGCUUUUCGGCUUCAGGAGCAUACAUGCCUCCCAUGUUUAUAUUUGGUAGAAAAAAAUGCAACAAGCUUUCAUGA